GGUAAAAAAAAAACACAAAAAAAAGAAAGGCUGGGAAAAGACAGGAGCUGACAGGACAAACGCUGGUAAUCUAGACCAACAACAUGAACAGGCAACAGACAAACAGAAAACACAGGUAUAAGUACACAGGGGAUAAUGGGGAAGAUGGUUGACACCUGUAGGGGAGUGGAGACGAGCACAAAGACAGGUGAAACAGAUCAGGGCGUGACAGUGGUAGGAGAAAACUGAGGAUGGAUCAACAACAUUGUAGUUACUCCACAAUACUAACCUAAUUGACAGACUGAAAAGAAGGACACCUGUAUGGAAUACAAAUAUUACAAAACAUGUAUCCUGUUUACAACAAGGCACUAAAGUCAUACUGCAAAAAAAAAUUGGCAACGCAAUUAACCUUUUGUCCUGAAUACAAAGUGUUAUGUUUGGGGCAAAUCCAGUACAACACAUUACUGAGUACCACUCUCCAUAUUUUCAAGCAUUGUGGUGGCUGCAUCAUGUUAUGGGUGUGCUUGUAAUUGGUAAGGACUGGGGAGUUUUUCAGGAUAAAAAAUAAACGGAAUGGAGCUAAGCAUAGGCAGAAUCCUAGAGGAAAACCUGUUUCAGUCUGCUUUCCAUCACACACUGAGAGAUGAAGGACAAUAACCUAAAACACAAGGCCAAAUCUACACUGGAGUUGCUUACCAAGAUGACAGUGAAUGUUCCUGAGUGGCCGAGUUACAGUUUUGACUUAAAUCUACUAGAACAUCUAUGGCAAGACCUGAAAAUGGUUGUCUAGCAUUGAUCAACAACCAAUUUGACAGAGCUUGAAGAAUUUUGAAAAUAGUUGGCAGAUGUUGCACAAUCCUGGUGUGGAAGCUCUUAGAGACUUACCCAGAAAGACUCACAUCUGUAAUCGCUGCUUCUCCAAAGUAUUGACUCAGGAGUGUGAAUACUUAUGUAAAUGAGAUAUUUAUGUAUUUUAUUUCAAUGAGUGUGCAACAAUUGAGAAAAAAUAUAUUGAAUCCAUUUUGAAUUCAGGGUGUAACACACCAAAGUGUAGAAUAAGUCAAGGAGUGUGAAUACUUACUGAAGGCACUGUAUAUUCUACCUCGACCUGACAUGACUACUUAUUAACAGUAAGGUGUAUGGUCUGUGAUAGAUAUAUAAUAAGCUAUUAAAUAUGUACUCGUAUAUAAUAACUUAUUACGUCUUUAACACAGUACAGGUGUUUACGUUCUGGCCUUUCCGAACACUGAGAGAAAACGGAGGGCAACACCACAGGAGUCAAGGACAGGGACACGUUUGCUAGCAAGGCAAACCUUGUCCCGGACUUAGGAUGUUCAAACCUGAUGUGUCUGACAUCAAGGCCUACAGGUAUCACAAAACACAUAGCACUGUGUGGGAAGUGGAAGUAUGCAAUAAAGAGAGGGAAAAAGAGGAGAGGAAUGAUAUGUGAAAUGUUUUACUAUAAUCCUCCUAAUCCAACCACAGUGACCAGUAGGGCUGAGGUUGAACAGUCUGUAUUUGCACAAUGAGCACUCGGCAUAGACGUCUAGUUUUCAUUCACAUUUGGUUGAGUUGUCAACUAACGUGAAUUCAACUUGAAAUCAACAAAUCAUUUCACCAUGUCAUUGGAUUUAGGUUCAACGUUGGGUGGGAAAAAAUGAUGUGUAGGUGACGUGCAUGUGUGAAUGCAUGUAAUCUUCUCUUCAUUCAGAGUAGUCCCACUCCCUCAAAAACUUCUUCUGGAAGACACCGAGUGUACCCAUUGUCACACUGUAGCCGGCUUUAACUCAACCAUGGGCUAUUGCUGUCCUUUUCUAUGAAUACCCAUAAGGCCUUGCUAGAGGAAGAAGCUUCAUAUAAGAGCCUAUAAUAAGCCACGCCUGAAGGAAGAUUGACAAGCUUUAACUAGUCACCGACGUGUCUAUGUAGUCACUCUUCCAUCGCUGAGAUAUUGUGUGUUCAUUAUUCUGUGGUACGUAGACUAACCUUGCCUCUGAAGGCUUUAGGAUAGGAAUUAUCCUACUAGCGUGUGUGUCUGUAGUAAAACAGCAGACAUUAUUGUUACCCUCAUGAGUCAUAUGCAAUAGGUGUGUGUGUGUGUGUGUGUGUGUGUGUGUGUGUGUGUGUGUCUGUGCAUGCGUGUGUUUCCCUCCAAGGGCAGCCAUGUUGACCACCUUAAUGGACGGCCUCCUCUGCUGCCUGACAGGGAAGUCGGCCAACGUCGUGGUUCCCAUAGAAACCUCGGAAGCCGCCGACGGCUACGAGUUCGUGGAGGUCAAACCGGGUCGUGUCUUGAGGGUCCGACACAUCAUCCCGGAGCGGGAGGUGGUGGACGAGCCCAGGGGCCCUGGGGGAAGCGUCCACCGUAAGAGGAAGAUCACAGUGUACCGUAAUGGGCAGCUACUGAUAGAGGACCUGGGCGACGCGGCGAGACAGGAGCUGUUACACGCUCAGAACGGAGACACACAACCCAACUGUACCGUAGAGGUGGAGCUCGCAGACCCAUCGUCCAAUCCAACUCCCACCGCUGACCCCAAAGCGGACAAGACCGGGUCAGUGGUUGGAACAGGGGGAGCGGCGACAUCUCCAGCCCCGACCCUCGGGUCAGCCCCAGAUCUGACCCAGCAGCCCCGGAAGCGGCGGCGGAAGCCCAAACGGACAGUGGUGAUUGACAGCGAGAGGAAGAUCACGUCGUGUAAGGGGACACACGCAGACGUGGCAGUGUUCUUCGUGCACGGCGUGGGCGGUUCCCUCGACAUCUGGGGCAGCCAGAUGGACUUCUUCUCCCGUCUGGGCUAUGAGGUCAUCGCGCCUGACCUGGCGGGUCACGGGGCGAGCUCGGCACCUCAGAUCGCGGCAGCAUACACGUUCUACGCCCUGGCUGAGGACAUGAGGGCCAUCUUUAAGAGAUACGCACGGAAGAGGAACAUCCUCAUUGGACACUCCUAUGGUGUGUCGUUCUGUACGUUCCUGGCCCAUGAGUACCCAGACCAGGUCCACAAGGUAGUGAUGAUAAACGGAGGAGGUCCCACAGCGCUGGAGCCCAGCCUCUGUUCCAUCUUCAACCUGCCCACCUGUGUGCUGCACUGCCUGUCCCCCUGCCUGGCCUGGAGCUUCCUCAAGGCUGGGUUUGCCCGUCAGGGUGCCAAGGAGAAACAGCUGUUGAAAGACAACAAUGCCUUCAACGUGUCCUCCUUCGUGCUGCGUGCCAUGAUGAGUGGUCAGUACUGGCCAGAGGGCGACGAGGUUUAUCAUGCAGAGAUCCCAGUGCCCAUCCUGCUGGUGCACGGCAUGUACGACAAGUUUGUUCCCAUAGAGGAAGAUCAACGCAUGGCGGAGAUCCUGUUGCUGGCCUUCCUGAAGAUAAUCAACGAGGGCAGUCACAUGGUGAUGAUGGAGUGUCCCGAGAGUGUCAACACCCUCCUGCACGAGUUCUUCCUCUGGGAGCCUGACUCCCCACACAAAUCUAAACCCUGUCCCGAAAUCGCCACCAAGAGAACCGAAACUGCCAAGAUCCCCACCGCAUCCAACGGAGGAGCAACGCCAGAAAGCAAAGCCAAGACCAAGUAACCCAGAGGGGGAUGUGUGGUAUUAACUCCAGUCAAAGCAGACACAGACAGUGUCCGAACAUUGCUGGUUGUCCUAGGCUAUGUCUCCUAAGGUGCAGGGAGCUGAUUUGAACUGGUCUGGGCUGGUUUUAAACUGGUCUGAGCUGGUUUGAGGUGGGAUUUGAGGAGGUGGAACACAGCACACAGGGUCAGGCGGGCCCAUUUUUGGUCUAGGUCUGAGCCACAAAAGAAAGGAAGGACAGGAGAGCUGGCAGGUAUGGACGGACAGAGUGACGUAUCAGAGGACAACAAGAUGGAGGUCUAUUGUAUUGUUCCUGGUCCUGUUCUGAUUUACUGCUCCCUGGCUGGGACUGGAGACAGGUGGGAGUGAACAUUUUUGAGAAGCUCUGAAGAGGUGCUGAGUUGGAGAGGAUGUUCAUGGUGAAUCUGGUAAUGGUAUUGGUUUUGGUUUUGUGUGUUGCUGCUUUGUUGUACCAGUACCCAGGUCUAGACUCAGUCCCCUGUGAUGGCUUGUCAGUUGCCCAACCGCGUGGAAAUGUCAGAGCAUGGGUGGAUCAGAGAGGGAAAAAUAAUAUCUUCAACAGGAUCAAGUGACACAGGGAACGUUGAUAGCCAAGAAGACUGCUUGUUAGGCCCAGAUGCAGUCAGUUCCAGCGCUAACCGGCCCAAAUGGACAACUGCUGCAUAGCUUGUUCCUUUGUUUUUGUUUAGGCGAUAUCGGAGGUGUCUCUGCGUUGGAACUGUCAAAUCUGUGAGCAGCUGCUCUCGUCGUCAUAGUCACAAAACCACACCCGUUCUUAAACCCCCCCCCCUGCAUUAGGAGGUUCAGAAAUAAGGAGGAUUUCUAUCAGCCUUAGAGGUGUAGAUUACAACACAUUCCUGUGUUCCAACUUGUAACAAGGCUGCAUGGGGUUAUUACUAAUCCAACUCGGCACAUCCAAUGGCAAUGUCCACGAUAGGGAGAACGCCAGGAGCCGCUUGCUGAUUCGACAGCCCCAACGCUGUUACACCUCCGACAGGCAGAACUGAUCUGAAUCUAGCCCCCUAUACUACUCACGCCAACGGGUAGACAGAAACCCCAGAACUAACUUCUGUUUCCUUACAGUACUUCUGCACAUGGGGUUAAAUGUUAUGUAUGACGAUCAACGGUGCAUUUUAAGAACUAGCCUACUACAUUUUGUUUAUGCAGCAUUCAUACAGUAUUUCAAAGCACUUCCCCGUCAGAAGGAUUACAACAGGCAGGCUAACUAUGUUAUGCUAUUUCUAAAGAUGCACAGUAACGACUUUGAGGGACCGGAGUACGACCCAUGUUUGACUGUCCUACAAAGUUUCCUUGUGUAUUUUAUGGGGGAAACAAAUAUGUUUCCUUAUUAGCUGCAGGUUACCUAGGAAACACACAGGGGCAGAUGUGUGUUUUGGAUGCCUUUAAGAAGGAGAAUUGUACUGAAUUCUAGCGUUAUAUUUCUCACCAAAACUAUGCUAAACAAUUAUGAUCGUUUGCGGGUUUUCCAGGUAGAAGUGAUAUAAGCUCUGAAAAUGAUAUUGCUACCCCAAAAAUUGCUUACAACCUGAGAAUUCUUCAGUGCCACAUAGCCGGUUUUCUCUGGUGUAACUAGCAUCCCACUGAUAAGUGUCACAAAGACUGUGUUGAAUAACAGUGUAUUAAUUAAUACCAAAUCAAUCCCUAGCACUGAUGAUCUGCACUGCAGCGCUCUAGAAAUGUAAAGGCAAUGUUCCCACAUUCAUGGUAAACACUGCAUAUGUCGGUUCAAUUGGAAAUCACCUUCCAAUUGAAGUUGAGCCACAGCGCGGAUAUUCAGCGCCACGGAUUGAAUUAACCCCUUACUCUUUAGCUAGGUGUGCACCAGUGGAGGCUGCCAAGGGGAGGACGGCUCAUAAGAAUGUCUGGAAUGGAGCAAAUGGAAUGGCAUCAGACACCUGGAAACCAUGGAAACCAUGUGUUUAAUACCAUUCCACCAAUUCCGCUCCAUCCAUUACCAAGAGCCCGUCCUCCCCAAUUAAGGUGCCACCAAAGAUGCCCUUCACCUGUGUUCCACAGGACAGGCGGUGUCAGGUUGAUCUCCUGUCCAAUAAGACUGUUACUGAGACCAUUUGGUUUAACUCUGGUCUUAGCACCGCAACAGUCCAGUUACUUCAAAACGAUCACUAUCCCAUUUCCGUUUGUCGAUCUCUCCCAUGUAGCAGUGCAAAGCCCUCUGUUACUGUUGGUUACGGAAAAGUCAGUGUCAGUGGAGGCUGCUGAGGGGAGGACGGCUUAUAAUAAUGGCUGGAAUAGAGCGAAUGGAAUGUCAUCAAAUACACCUGGAAACCAUCUCAUUGUUGUAUUUAAUACCGUUCCACUGAUUCUGCUCCAGUCAUUAACACGAGCCCAUCCUCCUCAAUUAAGGUGCCACCAACCUCCUGUGGUCAGUAGGUCACCCACGAACAACAAUAUGCAUUUUGAAAACAUAACACUUAACAGGGCCGUGAGUAUACUUUUGAUAAAAUAUGCAACUUUUGCAAGUAAUGAUGCUUAUAUAGGUAUUGCCGCUGAAAAAAAUGAGUGAACAGGAGUGAAUUAAAUUGAGAAUUGAGUUCUCGCUAGUCAGAUGGGUUUAGCUUUAUGAUCCUCAGUCAUGUUCUCAGUGGAACAUCACUAAGUAUUUUAAAUCUGAAUGGUUCUGAAUCUGUGUCAACUAUCAGUAUCACAUUUGUGCCCUUGUGCGUCUUAAAUGUGUCACUGUGUUCGCCUUUGAUAUUGAUUUCAGCAAUGAAGUGCUGGAAGAAUGUUCAGUUCACCAAAAAUAAAAUAUGAGGAAUAUUAUACAAUGCAAUCAUUUUAAAUGUU